CUGAGCUGCUUGCUUGCUGCAUCAGUUGAAUGCCGGCUUUACAACAGUAAACAUGUUUAAGAUGAGCGAUUCAGUGAAAUUUCUUUUCUUUGUUGUUUUGUGCUUGGUGAUUUGUGAUAACACCUUGGGAGCGCAAAGAAAAUGCGCCGAAUACAAUGAAUAUUGUCAAGAGCAUUGGGAAUGCUGUUCGAAUACUUGUUUAACUUACUCUUACCGUUGCAUUGGCAAGCGGCGCCCCGGUCCACUUUACGAGCGUCCCAGCAUGACAUUCGACGAGCUGCUAGGAAGUAUAGCUGAGGUCAACAUGGUGCAUGAUAAUGCUCUCACGCAACCGCAAAAUGGCAGUGGCAAUGCAGGAAAAGCUAAGCUAGCAUUGAAAAGUUUGCUCAACGUUAGGCGUGGGUGGGGCGUUGAAACGGUGGAGCCAGUUUUGCAGGAACGUUUCGCCGCGGUUCAAACGCGCAGCGACAUUGCAGACACUUCAAAUGGGCCAGAUUACAUAUUCUUUGUUUUGCAACCGCAAAAUAUGCCGCGAAACCCGAAGCCGAAACAGUUGGAACAGCAAACAGAAAUAGCACAAGACGCGCCAACAGAACCUCAGCCAACUGAGGCUUUACCAAAUAUGAAAGCAGAAGUUGAGAAAGCUGCUACAGCUGAUGGUGAGUCGCCGGCAACAACACCGACUCAGUGCAGAGCAAUUGGCGAGAAGUGUUAUCGCCAUGAAGAGUGCUGCACCCAACGCUGUCAUGGCUUCUUACACCAGUGCGUUACAUAGGUGCCCCCUUGAAGCGCUGCCAAUUAUCAUAUGCACAUUUUUAUUUAUUUUAAGAAACGAAUUAAUCUUUUUUAUGGCGUAAAUGUUUUUAGUAUGAAUAAGCAAAAUAUCAAUCAACUAUUAUUGCUGUUGAGUAAUUGUAUAACAACAGCAGAAAUAAUAAAUUUUGGUUUUCCUCAUUUACACUCUCGUAAAUAUUGCUUGGCCGAAACACGACGAACCAAUUAACCAAUUAUUUUUAUACUCUCGCUACAUGUAACGGUUGUUUGUAAUACUUAAAACUGACUGAGGUAUAUAAAGUUACAGUUUGUCAAUUAAUUGUGUGCAAAAUGAAAAUCUACACGCAAAUUCAUUUUUAGACUUAGUUUUUAAGAACAGAAAUAAAUGUUUAUUUUAUCUUAAUAGUAUAUGUGAAUGUAACUUAAAUCUAUUUGAGGUACAAAAAUUUCAAAAGUCAAAAUAGAAACCUAAACAAACUAA